AUGAGGGUCUCACACGCGAUCAUUUCGGCCAUCCUGGGCGCCAACGCAGCGACGGCCAAGCCGCUCCACCCGCGCAUCUACGCGGAUGCCCCGGCGCCGGCUCACCUCCCGAGAGCGGAAUCUGACGACACCCAGACGACGAAGAGCCGCAGCGAGCUGCUCCAGGGCGCGUACAUUGUCGAGUUCGCCGACGACAACGACACCCCUUCAAGCUUCCUUGAGUCGCUAAAGGCCGUUGGCAUCGAUGCCGACACGCGUAUGGAGAUGAGCUACCGCUUCUUCAAGGGUGUGUCUUUCCAAGUCAAAGAGUCCAACGCAGCGCACCAUGAUAGCGCGCUCUUCCGUCGCCAGAUGGCUGGUUCUUCCCGCAUCAAGAAUGUUUGGCCCGUGAAGACCAUCAAGCUCGACCUGCCCGAGGAUAACGGUGCCCCUAACCAAGGCUCCGCAACUGCGAACGCCCGCAUAAAGCGUCAGGGCGGUGCUCCCGGCAACUCGACCACGGACACUUUCUCCCCUCACAUCAUGACCCAGGUCGACAAGUUGCGCGAACAGGGCAUCACCGGUAAGGGAAUUCGUGUGGGAAUUAUCGACAGUGGUGUCGACUGGACGCACCCCGCCCUCGGAGGCUGUUUCGGCCCUGGCUGCCUCGUCGAAGCCGGAUGGGACUUUACCGGCGACGAUUUUCUUCCUGGCGUUCGACCUGCGCAGCCCGAUGCCGACCCCAUGGACGACUGCGUGGGCCACGGAACCCACGUUGCUGGAAUCAUCGCCGCUCAGCUCGAAGGCAAUGAGUACGGCUUCACUGGUGCCGCUCCCGGAGUGAAGCUGGCUGCUUACCGUGCAUGGGGAUGCGCUGCUUCGGGGACCAACGAGAUUUUAAUUGCUGCGUUCAGCCGGGCUUUCGAGGAGGGAGCUGAUAUCAUUUCCUGCUCUGAUGGAGAUGCUUCCGGUUGGGCUGAGGACGCUUGGGGCCUUGUUGCUUCCCGCAUUGUUGAUGCCGGCGUUCCUGUUGUCAUCUCUGAGGGCAACGAUGGUGGCACCGGCAUGUUCUACGCCUCAACUCCGGCAACAGGGCGGGGCGUUGCCGGCAUCGGUGCCGUUACGAACGCAUUGUUUCCCACUCUUCUCAACGCCGGCACUUUCACUGUUGACUCGAAUUCUACUGGAAGCAGUAAGACCGAGUUUGGCUACCUGCCUGGUGUUCCCGAGUUGACUGGUGAUCUGUCCCUUCAGCUUUGGACUGGCGACGCCUGCAGUGCUUUGCCGGAAGAUACGCCGGAUCUUAGCAAUAAGAUCGCCCUGCUGCAGUUCCCCGACUCUCGAGCGACCGGCUGCUACCCUAACGACCAAGGCAACAAUGUUGCAGCGAAGGGCGGACAUUACAUCCUCUACUACACCAACGACAACACAACCAUGCGCGAUGAGCAGUACGUUUACUCCGAUGGCAUCCUAGGCGUCGCGUCUGUCCCGCCUUAUCAGUCUACGCAGUGGCUAUCUCUCCUCGACCAAGGCCGAGCUGUCGCUGUCUCCAUCCCGAAUGCCAACAACACCAAGACUCGCCUCGAGAACCUCGAAAACAACAGCAGCGGCAGCUACAUGGGCACCUUCUCCAGCUGGGGACCGACAUGGGAACUGGACGCGAGCCCUCAGUUCGCCGCCCCCGGUGCCAACAUCCUGUCUACUUACCCUGUUGCCCUGGGCUCUUACCGAGUCAUGACGGGAACGAGCAUGUCGUGCCCGAUGACUGCUGCCAUCUACGCCCUGCUCGCCGAGGCUCAUGGUACCAAGGACCCCAAGCGCCUCGCCUCGUUCCUCUCGUCUACCGCGAAGCAGCUCGACUGGUAUGAUGGCACCACAGCUCACUCUGACAUCGUUGCCCCCGUCCCGCAACAGGGCGCUGGUAUUGUCCAGGCAUUUGAUGCAGCCCGUUCCACCGCCGAGCUCAGCGUCAAUUCCAUCUCCUUUAAUGACACGGACAACUUCGUCGGCAACGCCACCGUCAGCAUCAAGAACACUGGAUCCGCAGACCUUGUCUUCGAUAUCAGCCACCGCAAGGCUGUGACCAUGUACACCUUCAUUUCCACCUCCGACCGCCUGAGAGCGGCCGCCUUCCCCAACCCCAUCAUCGAGGAGUGGGCGGACCUCCAGUUCAGCUCUGAAAAGCUGACUGUUCCCGCUGGUGGCUCGGUUGACUUGACCGUCACCUGCAUACCCCCUUCCAACCUCAACGCGACCCUCCUGCCGGUGUACAGCGGCUACAUCAUCCUCACAAGCACCACCGACGCCCCCUCACUCAACGUGCCGUACCUCGGCGUGGUCGGCAGCAUGUACAGCACCCCAGUCCUGACCGCCUCGCAAGCUUACCUCGCCGAGUACAACGGCGUCGUCCCCGCGAACCGCACCUACACCAUCGCUCGCCCAGAUCCUGCCAACCCUCCUCGUACCGACCGUGGUGACCAGUCUGCCACUCCCAACGUUUACAUCCAACCUACCGUGGGCACCGCCUCACUCGCGGUCGACGUCCUGUCUGUUGUCAAUGGCAAGGAGGAGAACCUCGGGAGCUUGGCCGGCUGGCCUCUUCCGUACGUUACGCGUGUUGACCAACGAGCGUACUUCAACGGCCUGCUUGCCGACGGCACUGUUCUCGAACCUGGUGUGUAUAAGAUGCGAGUUAGCGCACUCAGAAUCUACGGAGAUCGUGAGAAGAAGGAAGAUUGGGAUGUGUUUACGACGGUGCCUUUCAUCGUCAAGUACCAGGCGGCUGGCAACGCAACAACUGCCGCUUAG